AUGUCUGCCCCUGCCGAGCCCGCUGUCGAGGUCCCCAUCCGUGAGAAGAACGGGGCGGGAUGGACACCUAACGAGAACGAAACCAAGAAUCUCCUCACCAAGGAAUUCGAAGAAUAUGUGGCCAAAUUGAGCAAGGACUUCCACGUCCCUGGCGUUUCCGUCGCGGUGGUGGACGGCGACAAAACACUGGGCCCCGAUGUCAAGGCGACGUCCGAUACCCUGUAUUACGUCGGCUCCAUAACCAAGGGCAUGACAGCGGCUGCACUCUUGUAUCUUGUGAACGAGUCGGCCAAGUCUGACCGGCCCAUAACCUUGGACACCAAAGUCCAAGAGAUCCUCAAGGAUGAUUUCGUCCUCAGCGACGACUACGCGACCAAAGAGGCCAACCUCAGGGACCCCCGCGACAGCGUCCGAUUGCUCCGCCACCUGCCCAUGUCCAAGGGCUUCAGGGAGCAGUUCCAGUACUCCAACAUGAGCUACCAAGUGGCGCAGCACGUUGUCGAGACGUUGGCGGGCGAGUCGAUCGGCGCCCUGGGCCAGGCCCAAGCCAAACCCGACCGCCUCGCCAAGGGCUACGCCUGCAACGCCGCCAAGGGCAACGAGAUGACGUGCCAGCCGUGGUGCGAAACCAACCUCGUCGGACCGAGCGGCGUGAUCUCCACCGUAGACGACUUUGCCAAGUAUCUCCGCGCCAUGAUCCACCGCACGCUGCCCAUGUCCACCGAUCUACAAGACGCGCUCGUGCGGCCCGUUAUCCCCAUGGGGUUCAACGGCCCCCGGGUCGGGGUCGUCUACCAGCUGGGCGGCGUGCCCGGCUUCACCUCGCUGGCGGGCUACCUGCCCGACAAGAAAUUCGGCGCCAUCGUGGCCACCAACGGGGAUUUCGGGGGCAUGGCCAGGCGCGACGUCACGGGGUUCUGGGGCGGGUUCGCGGGCGGCAUGCGGUUCAUGUACGUGGGUGGGAAGAAGAGGCUGUUCCCUACGGCGCCCGAGCCGCCGCUUCCGCCGUCCCUGCCGCUCGAGGCGUACCAGGGGACGUACUCCCACCCGGGGUACCGCACCAUUACGUUUUCGGUCGAGGCGCCUGCGGCGGACUUGCCGGUGUCCGGGGACGUCAAGGCCGUUCUGCACGGCACCAAGGAGACGGAGUGGGGGUUCGUGCUGGACUUGGACCACGUGUCCGGGGAGGAGUUUGUCGCCUACAUAAACAUGGAAGGGCGGAGCGCGAUGGCGCAGGGCGCGGUGGCGGCGGCGUUUGAGCUGGGCGCGGAUGGGAAGGUGGCGCGGGUGGGGAUUGAUUUGGAGGCGUUUCCGCAACCGAUGAGUGCGGCUAAGAUCUGGUUUGAUAAGAUCUCGUAG